AUGGCCGCUCCACCUAUCAGAUUCGUCGGUAACUUUGAUGUGGCCGCCGAAGGGAAAACGAUAUGGGAAAUUUUAUGCAGAUUGAGGAACCUUGGGACUGGGAGGAUUGUCACAAAGACUGAAUGGAAACUCAGAUGGCCUCACCAACCAUCCUACCUUCGGAUUGUAAAGGUACUGUGAUAUUAUUUUAGAGUAUUUGUGUUUAGGCCAGACCUGAGAUGGAUCCGUGGCUUCAUAAGGGUAAAGUCUGGGCCGAAUGGACUUUUCGAGGAAGGAAUUUGGGUGUUUACGAGUUUGCGCAUGAUUUAAACCGCUCGGAUUGGAAAUUGGUCCACAAGCACGAAGAAUCCGAACUUCUGAAUAACAAAAAUAAAGUUGAAAAAUACACAUUGCCCUCGACUUUUCCUCUUCCGCCCUUGCAAGUAAGAAAUCUUUAACUUUAACCAAUUAAUACACAGUUUUAUCUAUAAAAUAUAUUUUUAGAGGUACGUUGAUAAACGAGCAGCGAAGAAAUCGGGUACUCAAUGGAUUGAAGAUAAAGAUGGGAGGGCGAAACUCGAUAUUUGUUUGGAUCCUCAAUUUAAUGUAUACAAAGAUAUAAUCAAACAAGAAGAGCCGGCUAAAAAGAGUACCUCCAUUUAUUCAGAAGUUGAUCCCGAGUUGUUUUUGGAUUGGUAUGGCCAAGUUUUGCCCACGAAGGUGGAGGCUUGGAAUGUAGGGCCCGCGACUUACGAACCUCGCUUUAAACCUGACAAAUCAUUGAACUGAUUGUAUGUAUAUGUGCGGAUUUCUUAGGAUUCUUGUUUUAGAAUAAAUUGUUAUGUUUGAAUAGAAACGUUUCAAUGAAACACGAGGUUAAUACCUAAAAAAUAUUAUUUAUAUUCAUAUUUGAUGUCACAAUCUGUAGCCACAUGUUUCUUUCGUUCGAUUAAAUUUGUUGCAAAAAAUUCUAAUUCUUUCUGCAAGGAAUUCUAAGGAAUUAUUCGGGGUAGAUGCGUAAAGUACAAUAUGUCACACGUUGGAUCGACUUUAAACAAAGACGCGGGCCUCCAAGGAUAACUGUAGGGAAUGUUUUGACUAGACGCUUGGGGGAACGCGAUCUUUGCCCGCCAUUUUUAGACCCACCCUCUUGCAUCUGAGUUCAUUUUAUUUUAUUGAAAGCUCAAUCUUCCUUUGUCUAACUGUUCCUUGAUAAGAAAACGAAUCUUCUUCUUCACUGAUAACGCUCUACCUUUAGGAUGAGCUCUCAAAAGGAAGUGAAGCUUAUUCUGGUAACUGGCUCAGUUAUUUCUGGAGUUGGAAAAGGAGUGGUCACCUCCAGUUUGGGUCUUCUUCUUCGAUCAAAGGGAUAUCGAAUCUCAGUGAUUAAGAUCGAUCCCUAUUUGAAUAUCGAUGCUGGCACCUUCUCACCUUACGAACAUGGGGAAGUUUAUGUUCUUGACGAUGGAGGGGAAGUGGAUUUGGACUUUGGAAAUUACGAACGAUUCUUGAAUCUGCGGUUCCGAAGGGACAAUAACAUCACCACAGGAAAGAUCUACAGUAUGGUGAUUGGAAAAGAAAGGAACGGAGAUUAUCUCGGGAAGACGGUACAGAUUGUUCCCCACAUUACGGAUGCCAUUAUUCAAUGGGUUGAAAGAGUGGCCGCGAAUCCUGUGGAUGGAACAAAUGAGACCCCGGAUGUUUGCAUUAUUGAGGUAAGCCUUGUUGGUACUAUAUGGAGUUAUUCCAAAUUUCAGCUUGGUGGUACUGUGGGAGAUAUUGAAAGCAGUGUGUUUGUGAAAGCAUUCGGGGAUCACUUCAGUCGACCCAAAAACCGUCAUCUUCUCAUGAACGUCCAUGUCAGCAUGAUGGUCGGGACCGAAGCCGAACCUCAGAAAACGAAGCCAAUGCAAGAAGGAAUCUCGAAAGUCAGAAGUUUCGGUCUGACUCCUGAUUUGUUGGUUGUUCGAAAUAUGGAAGGGCUGAGCACACAGAUGAUCGCGAAGAUCGCCGAGUUCAGUCAGCUGGAACGCCAUCAAGUCAGUUUUUAAAUAUGAAGAUUAUUUCUUUCUAGAUUGUGGAUAACAGAAAUGUCUCGAGUGUAUACCGCGUGCCUCUUCAAAUGGCUCGUGAUGGAGUUCUUGAAGUAAUCAUCGACCGUCUUCAACUUCCCCGAUCUUUCCAUCGGCGUGUGACCCGACCAACUCCAACCUUAGAUCAAUGGGAAACAUUGGUUGAUUUGAUUGAGAACUCGUCCAAGAAUCUUAAGAUCGGAUUGGUCGGAAAGUACGUGAGCAGUGAAGACGCUUACAAAUCCGUGAAAAAUGCUUUGAGUCAUGCGUCUAUCUUCUGUGGGUAUAAUGUGGAGAUUGUUCCUAUUCAAUCAGAAGAUCUCGAGGACGGGGCCGACUCUACGGUUAGGGAUAAUGCCUGGAGGAAAGUGAAAGAAUGCAGGCAGGUGACUAGAUUGUUUUUGAAAUGGUUUUAGUGGUAUUCUGGUUCCCGGAGGUUUUGGAGAACGAGGGGUGGAAGGCAAGAUCUUGGCCUGUCAAUAUGCCCGAGAGAACAAGAUCCCCUUCCUUGGAAUCUGCCUGGGAAUGCAAUGUGCGGCCGUGGAGUACGCUAGGAAUGUCUGCAACGUUAAAGGUGCGGAUUCAGCUGAAUUUAAGCCUGAUAUCGAAUACGAAAAGCAAGUCGUAAUCGAUAUGCCUGAACAUGCUGCAUCUAUAAAUGGAAUGGGUGCUACCAUGAGAUUGGGAAGGAGAACCACACAGUUCUUGACAGAAUCUUCGGUCCUUCGAAGACUUUACAAUAAGCAGAGUAAAGUGGAAUCCAAUGAAGUUGAUGAACGACAUCGACAUCGGUUCGAAGUCAACCCUACCCUUGUCCCAAUGUUAACAGAGGCGGGUCUUCAUUUCGUUGGAAUGGGGGUAGAUGAGACCUCCAAGGGAAAGAGCAACAUCCCGGCGACAUCUUCUUCCGCUCAGUUAUUCAAAAUGGCCGGUUCUAACGUAAGCAUUAUGAGCCUUCUACUUGAUAGUAUUUUUAGGACGGUCUUUUGGAGAAGGUGAAAAAACUAUGCGAACGUGGCGGCGACGGAGUUACAGCCGCGGCAGUUAGAAUGGAAGUUGUUGAACUGGAGAACCAUCCAUAUUAUGUGGGCGUCCAAUAUCAUCCAGAAUACCUAAGCGAUGCCCUCAAACCUUCUCCUCCUUUCCUGGGACUUGUUCUAGCCUCGAUUGGACAACUUUCAAAGUAUCUGAAUGAUGAGUUUGAAAGUGCAGUUGAGAGGUUAUCCAACAUGGUAUGUAACGAUGAGAACGCAUUACCAACAUUGGUAGGGUUUUUUUUGAUAAAAAUAGUUGGUUCUUUGGAGGAUUAUUCAUCUGUUUGCUUUAGGACGAACAUGGACUCAAAACGGUGAAGAAGAUCCCCUUCGCCGAAAAGACAGCUCAGGUUUGA